UCUGUCAGAUCUGACUCUUGAACAAACUAGUUUUGGAGAGGGGAGCAGCAACAGGCUCAUGAGAACAGGUAGGAACAUGUUCUCUCUCACACACAGAGACUUAUGAUUUCCUGUAAAUGCUGCGGGUAGGAACCUGCCGCUGAGAUUAUUCAGUCCGUUCAGACUCCAUUUUGAGUGGACAGAUGAAGGAAAGCUGAAGGCUGAGGCAGGUUUUCCUUCAGGUGGACAGUACUGCCUGAUUUUAGCAGGGAACCAUGAUGACUGCAGAGGACCUUUUGAACACUCUGGAGGAUUUAAGAGAGGAGGAAUUUACAAAGUUCAAAUGGUAUCUGAAGCAGCGUGACUUCCUGGGAGACUACCAGACCAUCAAAGAGUGCGAUCUGGAAAAGGCAGACAGGUUGAAAACAGUGGAACUGAUCGUGAACGCCUAUAAACCUCAUGGAGCUCUAGAGGUGACCAAGAAGGUUUUAGAGAAGAUACCCAGGAAUGACCUGCUGCAGAGUCUGCCAGACACCAGCUCAGGACCAGAAGUGUCAGUGGAGGUCAGUGACGUUGGAGGGAACAGAGGACCUUCCUCCUCUCAGUGUGAAGGUACAGCUGCUGGAUUCUCUGAUGUGAUUGUUCCAGAACCAGAGCCACAACCCAUCUCAUAUUACAAACACUUGCUUCAGUCAAACCUCCAGGAUAAGUUUAUGUGUGCACAAGAGGGGUGGGCACAGAAGAAGGAUGAGCAGCAUCUGGAUGAAAUCUUCACACAGCUGUACAUCACAGCUGGAGCUAACGUACACAUUAACACACAGCAUGAGGUCAGGCAGAUUGAGGCUGUGGUGAAGCCAGCUGAAACAGAGAAACCAAUUGAACCCAGUGACAUCUUCAAACCCCCCUCUGGGAGUUAUAAACCCAUACGAACUGUGGUGACCAAUGGAAUUGCAGGAAUUGGCAAAACAUUUCUUGUGCACAAGUUUGUGUUGGACUGGGCUGAACGAAGAGCCAAUCAAGAUGUGCAUCUGGUAUUCCCCUUCACCUUCCGCCAGCUGAAUCUGUGGAAGGAAGAAAAAUUGUGUUUGGCAGAACUGAUUCAUCGUUGUAUUACAGAGACCAGAUGCAUCAAGGAAGAAGCUCUUAAUCACAUCUUUACAACUCUGCAGUCAUCGGGAAACACCAACUAUGACAAAAGUAAAUUCAAACUUCUGUUUGUUUUGGAUGGACUGGAUGAGAGCCGCCUUCAACUAGACUGCUCUACCAGUAAAAACCAGGCAGUUAACUUCGAUGUUACAGAGUCCACCUCAGUGGAGAAGCUGCUGACAAACCUCAUCAAGAGGAACCUGCUGCCCUCUGCUCGCCUCUGGAUAACCACACGACCUGCAGCAGCCAAUCAGAUCCAUUCUGAUUUUGUUGAUAUAGUGACAGAGGUCAGAGGGUUCACUGACCCACAGAAGGAGGAGUACUUCAGGAAGAGAUUCAGAGAUGAGGAGCAGGCCAGCAGCAUCAUCUCCCACAUCAAGACAUCACGAAGCCUCCACAUCAUGUGCCACAUCCCAGUCUUCUGCUGGAUCACUGCUACAGUUCUGGAGGAUGUGUUGAAGACCAGAGAGGGAGGAGAGCUGCCCAAGACCCUGACUGAGAUGUAUGCAGAAUUCUUGGUUCAUCAAACAAAGCAGAGGAAUGAAGAAAAAUGUAUCCAGUACAUCAAGUCAUUAGCAAAACUUUCUUUCCACCAGCUGGAAAAGGGCAACCUGAUCUUCUACGAGAAAGAUCUAAAAGAGAGCGACAUAGAUGUCCGGGGGGCUUCGGUGUACUCAGGAGUGUUCACAGAAAUCUUUAAAGAGGAACGGGGGAAGCGGAAGGAGGACGACAAAAUGUUUAGCUUCGUCCAUCUGAGCGUUCAGGAGUUUCUGGCUGCUCUUCAUGUCCGUCUGGCCUUCACCAACUCUGGUGUCAAUCUGCUGGCAAAAGAACAAUCAGUCUCCAAGAAAUCUGAAACAAGAAAACAGAGUUCUGCAGAGACACAUCUCUACCAGAGUGCUGUGGACGAGGCUUUACAGAGUCCAAAUGGACACCUGGACUUGUUCCUCCGCUUCCUCCUGGGUCUUUCACUGCAGAACAAUCAGACUCUCCUAAGAGGACUGCUGACACAGACAGGAAGUAGCUCACAGACCAAUCAGAAAACAGUCCAGUACAUGAAGAAGAAGUUGGAGGAAAAUCUCUCUGCAGAGAAAAGCAUCAAUCUGUUCCACUGUCUGAAUGAACUGAAUGAUCGUUCUUUAGUGGAGGAGAUCCAACAGUCCCUGAGUUCAGGAAGUCUCUCCACAGAUGAACUCUCUCCUGCUCAGUGGUCAGCUCUGGUCUUCAUCUUACUGUCAUCAGAAAAAGAUCAGGACGUGUUUGACCUGAAGAAAUACUCUGCUUCAGAGGAGGCUCUUCUGAGGCUGCUGCCAGUGGUCAAAGCCUCCAACAAAGCUCUACUGAGUGGCUGUGACCUCUCAGAGAGAAGCUGUGAAGCUCUGUCCUCAGUUCUCAGCUCCCAGUCCUCUAGUCUGAGAGAGCUGGACCUGAGUAACAACAACCUGCAGGACUCAGGAGUGAAGCUGCUGUCUGCUGGACUUGAGAGUUCACACUGUACACUGGAAACUCUCAGGCUUUCAGGCUGUCUGAUCACAGAGAAAGGCUGUGCUUCUCUGUCCUCAGUUCUCAGCUCCCAGUCCUGUAGUCUGAGAGAGCUGGACCUGAGUAACAACAACCUGCAGGACUCAGGAGUGAAGCUGCUGUCUGCUGGACUUGAGAGUUCACACUGUACACUGGAAGCUCUCAGGCUUUCAGGCUGUCUGAUCACAGAGAAAGGCUGUGCUUCUCUGGCCUCAGGUCUGAGGUCCAACCCCUCCCAUCUGAGGGAGCUGGACCUGAGUAACAACAACCUGCAGGACUCAGGAGUGACACUGCUGUUUGCUAGACUGGAGAGCCCCCACUGUACACUGGAAAUUAUCAGGCUGUCAGGCUGUCUGAUCACAGAGAAAGGCUGUGCUUCUCUGGCCUCAGCUCUGACCUCCAACCCCUCCCAUCUGAGAGAGCUGGACCUGAGUAACAACAGCCUGCAGGACUCAGGAGUGAAGCUGCUGUCAGCUGGACUGAAGAGUCCCCACUGUACACUGGAAACUUUCAGUCUGUCAGGCUGUCUGAUCACAGAAGAAUGCUGUGCUUCUCUGGCCUCAGCUCUGACCUCCAACCCCUCCCUUCUGAGAGUGCUGGACCUGAGUAACAACAGCCUGCAAGACUCAGGAGUGAAGCUGCUGUCAGCUGGACUGAAGAGUCCCCACUGUACAUUGGAAACUUUCAGGCUGUCAGUCUGUCUGAUCACUAAGGAAGGCUGUGCUUCUCUAGCCUCAGCUCUGACCUCCAACCCCUCCCAUCUGAGAGAGCUGGACCUGAGUAACAACAACCUGCAGGACUCAGGAGUGAAGCUGCUGUCUGCUGGACUGGAGAGUCCCCACUGUACAUUGGAAACUCUCAGGAAACUUCUGAUGACCAUCCCGUUAUUCCCUUCCUCCAUUACCUAUAACCUGCCUACGUAA